AUGGACAACACACCCCUCCACCCAGCCAUAACCACCCUCGCCCCCGACCCGAGCGGCACCCGCCACGGCGCCUUCCUCGCCGCGAUCCCGCACAACCGCUCCAUGUACCGCACCACGCUCUGCCUGCGUCUCGCCUCGCUGCUCCUCGCGCUGGUCAUCCUCGGCGGCGUGCUGGGCUCCAUGCACGAGACCGACGACAUGUACGUCAGCAACUGGGCCAUGGGCAGCCCGACCUCCGCGCUCGCGAUGCUCUGGAGCGGCGGCGACCUCGUGGCGCUGGUUGUACGGGACAGAGGCGUGCGGUGGACGAAGAGCAAGGAACGACCGCGGAGUACGCGGUUUAGUUGGGGCAGCCCGGGGGGCCAUGUGGCGGCGCAUUUGUUGAUUUGGGCGCCGACGGCGGCGACGAUGGGGGUCGUGAUUAGUGGGUGGCUGUCGUAUAUGGAUUUGGAUCCGACGUAUUGGCAGGUUGAUGAGAGGCAGACGCAUACCAUGACGGCGCUGAUAUUCUUCAUGUUCUGGCUGAUGGUCGUGCACUUUGCGCUCUUCGUCUUCGCGUGCGUCGAGGUCGACAACAUCAGGCGGCAGUACUCGGACGUAGUGUUCGUGCCGAGGGGCGAGCUGUGUGAGAUGGUCCCUGUGCCGCCGACGAGCGCGUGGGAGAUCUUCGUGCCGAGGAGGAUGAUGCUGAAUGAUAUGGAAAGAGAGACACAGCUUACGCGAAGUCGCCGCCUGGUGGCCACCGGCGGCGACGACAGUCGACCAGACGCAUGCGAGGGAACAGACGCAGGAGGUCUUGCUAUGCCGCCGGCCUACGACAUGUUCCGCGUGGGAGAUCUUCGUGCCGAGGAGGAUGAUGCUAAGUUAUUUUGCGAACCAUUAUGUGAGGUUCGUGCCCGGGGCGGACGGGAGCGUUACGGUGGCGAGGGAUUACAGUAG